AUGGCCGCAGACACUGCAACUUCCAAGCAAAACCUUGUCAUCUUGGGUGGCUCUUACGCAGGCCUAUCCACCGCACACUACCUUCUCAAGCAUGUCGUUCCUCAGCUGCCAGGAAAAGAGGGCUAUCAGGUCAUCCUGAUCAGCGCGUCCUCGGAGGCCAUGUGCCGCCCGGCGUGUCCUCGCGCGUUGAUCUCAGAUGAUAUGUUCCCGCAGGAUAAGCUCUUUGUCAGCAUACCGGCGCAGUUUGAGCAGUAUUCCAAGGAUACAUUCAAAUUCAUUCACGGUACUGUGACAUCCCUUGACCACCAAGACCGCUGUGUUACCGUAAGCGUGAAAGACGGCGACACCGAAAAGAUUAAUUGCCAUGCCAUUGUCAUCGCUACCGGCGCGUCCACCGCAUCGCCAUUACUCGGACUUAACCGCGACUCCGAAACUCUACGCGCCAACUGGAAUGAAUUUCGCGCCGCCCUCCCUACCGCCAAACAUAUUGUCAUUGCGGGUGGAGGCCCGGCAGGGGUAGAGACAGCUGGCGAAUUGGGCGAAUAUCUCAACGGUCGGGCCGGGUGGUUUCACUCUAAACUGGAGAACCCCAAGGUCGCAAUUACUCUAGUCACAGCGGACUCAAAAAUUCUUCCCAUCUUGCGACCUGCGCUCGCGACUAAAGCAGAGAAACUUCUCAACAAGGUCGGUGUGACGGUCAUCAAGAAAUCGCGUGUUACGAAAGUCUCCCCACCAGGGGCAGGGGCAGGGGCAGAGGACGCUCUGACGGCUAAUACGACAGUGACCCUGGAGGAUGGGAAAGUACUCCAAGCUGAUCUUUAUAUCCCUGCUACUGGCAUGACCUAUAAUAGCAGCUUUGUUGACGCAUCUCUGUUGACGGAUUAUGGGCGCGUGGAGACUGACCCAGGGACCCUGCGUGUUGUUAACGGUGGUGCCUUGAUUUAUGCAAUUGGAGACGUGGGGUCGCAUGCGCGUCCGGCAGUGCACAACAUACUGAAUACAGUUCCCAUCCUGUGUGCGAAUAUGAAACGUGAUUUGCUACUCGCUGUCCAGCAAGAUGCCUCUGUCGGAGAAGAUCGUCACUUUAAGGAAGACACUCGAGAAACUCAGCUGGUGCCAGUUGGGAGAAGCAAGGGCGUGGGCGCCUUCAUGGGUUUCCGACAGCCUGGUAUCAUGGUUUGGCUGAUCAAAGGUCGGGACUAUUGGCUUUGGACCACUGGAGGAUUAUGGAGUGGCAAGCAUUGGGCCAAGGAGUCGUGA